GACGCAUUGAGGACAGUUCUGCAUUUGUAGAGAGUUUAUUAAGGAAGAAAACGUUUGCGUCCAAAACUGUUAUAAAAUGUCAGUCUUCUAAAAAUGUAUUUCGAGACAGUUUAUGGAUUUAUGAUUUUUUAUUUUUGCAUUGAAAAAGUAACAGCGCUUUCAUAUCGACCAAUUGAUUGGAGCAAAGCACCAAUUAAGAGUAUUUAUAAUAAAGAACGAAUGCGUUAUCAUCCAGCUUACAAUGAAGCUAUCCCAGCUUUAUGUGAUUUAACGGAAAAUUGUGAUAUCUGUUGUAGUGAUCCGGAUUGCAGUCAGCAUGACAAAGAAGUCUUCAUUUGCACAUCAAACAAUGAGGUGCAGUCAGAUUAUGAUUCACUUGCAUGUGAAAAGCAUCACCUACAUUCUCUGCAAAAUGGAUGGUUUCAUCUUCUGUGCUAUGUUACUGCUAAUUCACCUUACUUGGGCCAAUACUUCAUUGAAAUGAAGAAAAUUGUUUCACUCCCAGUCCUGAAUGCAUUGGUGGAACAAAAGGAGAGAAAAAACAGUUUCUACAAUGAUGCCAACUUGCCAUCAGAUGCAGUAAUCAGGAACAGUCAGUACAUGUAUGGGGAACCAAUUAAGCUGAUAUGGAACAUUGGUUCAGACUUUUCUCUCAGACUCAACAGAAACAAGAACGAAGUAUGUAUGUUUGAAAAAUGGAUCAGAUUAUGUGACAUUUUCAAAGAAUAUAUUCAUGAAGGCUGCUGCUGAAUCAGAUUAUCAAG